CCUCCGGGCGGGACCAGCUGGUGGUUCUCCAGCUGCACUGGGGCCAUGGCGGCGCAGGACCGGGCUUGGCGCAACGGCACACGAUGCGGUCCUCGAGCCUCCCGGGCGCUCGGUCACCGCGCCGAAACGGGAGCGGGCACAGUCGCCACCGCCUACCGCCGGGCCGCCUCAGAACAGGAAGCCGUGCGCCGACCGCGGAAGCCCGCCCCCAUGUAGCGAGAAGUCCGCCGACCCCAGGGACAGGAGCGAGGGGCGGGGAGAGGCGGGGAUGGGGGGGAAGCAGGGCGGCCCCGCAGAGGGGAAGCUGCGCCUCCGCAAACGCUCAGAAGCAGCUUCGCCAGACAGCCGCAACGUACAUGUUGACUGCCCGAGGCGGAAGUCGAUCGGCAGAGCGGAAGGGGGACCUGCAAAGGACCUUCAGACAGGUUGGUCAGACCAUGCCCAUGGUUCCUCCUCGACUUCACUAUGAAUGCCGCAUCUGUUGAAUGAAUGCAGUUUCUGCUGUUGCUUUCCAUUUUGGAUAGAAGUGAUUGCAAAUCUUAUCAAAAUAAUGAAAAAAAUACUUUUCAAUUCCUUUUCAACCCUUUUGAGUCUGAGGGGCAGCUGUACAUUAAAUGAAACCAUAUGUAUCAUAAUUUCAUUUUUCCAUCAAAAGGGCUUUAAAGGAAAUUCCCCUUUUUCUCCAUGUUUUGCAGUCUUUUUUGUUCCUUUUGUUAAAAUCAGAUUAAUCUCAUGAAACAUCUGAAGCAUUUCAGUCAAUUUAAGAGCUGAGAAAAUAUCAUGCUGCUAGUUCUGAAACGAUCUGAAGUGUGAAUCAUGUGAUCACCAAAUAGAGGAACAACUGAAAAAUGUGAAUAAAAGAAGUAUGUACCUAUACUAUAGUGUCAAAUAUUUUACUGUAAGCUUUAAAAUGAUAAAUUGGAAACUUUCCAAAA